AUGUCCUUUCCCAAGGCGCCCCUGAAGCGAUUCAAUGACCCUUCCGGCUGUGCACCAUCUCCAGGUGCUUAUGAUGUGAAGACUUCAGAAGUAUUGAAAGGACCAGUAUCCUUUCAGAAAUCACAAAGAUUUAAAAAGCAAAAAGAAUCUCAACAAAAUCUUACUGUUGACAAAGAUACUACCUUGCCUGCUUCAGCAAGAAAGGUUAAGACUUUGGGAUUAAAGAAGGAAUCUCAAAAGAAUGAUAAAGACUUGAAGAUGUUGGAAAAAGAGAUUCGCGUCCUCCUUCAGGAACGCGGGACUCAGGACAAGCGCCUCCAGGAUCUGGAAGCUGAGCUGGAGAAGAUGGAAGCAAAGCUCAGCGCUGCGGUCAGGGAAAAGACAUCUCUCUCUGCAAGCAAUGCUUCGCUGGAAAAGCAGCUUACUGAGUUAACCAGGACUAACGAGCUACUCAAAUCUAAGUUUUCAGAAGAUAGCAACCAGAAGAACCUGAGGAUUCUAAGCCUUGAGCUGAUGAAGCUUAGAAACAAAAGAGAAGCUAAGAUGAGGAGUAUGAUGGCUAAACAACAAGGCAUGGAGGUGAAAUUGCAUGUCACCCAGAAGAACCUGGAAGAGUCUCAAGGGAAAGUAGCACAGCUCGAGGGGAAACUUGUUUCAAUACAGAAAGAAAAGAUUGAUGAAAAAUCUGAAACUGAAAAACUCUUGGAAUACAUUGAAGAAAUAAGUUGUGCCUCAGAUCAAGUGGAAAAAUACAAGCUAGACAUUGCCCAGCUAGAAGAAAAUUUGAAAGAGAAGAAUUGUGAAGUGUUAAGCCUUAAGCAGUCUCUUGAAGAAAAUAUUGUUACGUUGUCUGAACAAGUAAAAGACCUGAAUGCUAAAUGUCAGCUACUUGAAAAAGAAAAAGAAGACCUUAUCAACAGGGACAGAGAACGGGAUGAACAUCUGAAUUCUGUAAUACAAAACUUAAAAGAGAAGUUAAUUCUUGAAAAACAAGAACAUGAAAAGCUACAGCAAAAAGAGUUGCAAAUUGAUUCACUUCUACAACAAGAGAAGGAAUUAUCUACUAGUCUUCAGCAGAAACUCUGUUCUUUUCAAGAGGACAUGAUGAAAGAGAAGAAUCUAUUUGAGGAAGAAUUAAAGCAAGCUCUGGAUGAGCUAGAUAAAUUACAGCAAAAGGAGGAAAAAUCUGAACAGUUGGUUAAGCAACUGGAAGAAGAGACUAAAGCUAGAGCUGAAGAACUGAAACUUCUGGAAGAAAAACUGAAGGGGAAAGAAGCGGAACUGGAGAGAAGUAAUGCCGCUCACACUCAGGCCACUCUGCUUUUGCAGGAAAGGUGUAAUACUGCAGAGCAAAACCUGGGAGGUGUUACUGCUCAGUUCGAAAGCUAUAAAGUAUUAACAGCUUGUGAGACAGAAGAUCUUAAGCUGGAGAACUCAUCACUCAAGGAAAAAGUGGCCAAGGCCGAGAAAAGUGCAGAGGAUCUUCAGCAUCAGAUAUUGGCAACUAAGAGUUCAAACCAAGAAUAUGCAAGGAUGCUUCUAGAUCUGCAGACCAGAGCAGCACUUAAAGAAACAGAAAUUAAAGAAAUCACAGUUUCUUCUCUCCAAAAAAUAAGUGAUUUGGAGAACCAGCUCAAGCAGCAAGAGGAAGCCUUCAAGCAGCAGCUGGAAGAGAAAAAAGCAAGAAAAGCUGGAAAAGAAAAUGCAAUGGCAGAAUUAACUGAGGAAAUGAAUAAGUGGCGUCUCCUUUAUGAAGAACUAUAUAAUAAAACAAAGCCUUUUCAGCUACAACUGGAUGCCUUUGAGGCAGAGAAACAGGCUUUGUUGAAUGAACAUGGUGCAGCUCAGGACCAGCUAAAUAAACUAAGAGAUUCCUAUGCUAAAUUGUUGGGCCAUCAGAAUCUUAAGCAAAAAAUCAAGCAUGUUGUGAAAUUGAAAGAUGAAAAUAGCCAACUCAAAUCGGAGGUGUCAAAACUCCGUUCUCAGCUUGCUAAAAUAAAGCAAAGUGAGAGAAACCUUCAGGAAGAGUUGAAUAAAGUUCUGGGCAUCAGACGCUUUGAUCCUUCAAAGGCUUUUCUUCAUGAAAGUAAAGAAAAUUUUGUUCCGAAAACCCCACUAAAAGAAGGCAAUACAAACUGCUGUUGA